AUGGAUAGUCACAAUGAGAAACGGCCAUUAACUUUAGAUCGUCUCGACUCACUGGUCUAUUUGGAUGCUGUAAUCAACGAAGUGCUUCGCUUUGCUCCACCCGUUGAUGGAACAUAUCGUACAUUAACUGUUGAUGACCGUUUACCUGAAAGUAAUGCUCAACUAUACAAAUAUGAUCAAGUAUGUAUUUCAUUUUACAAUGUGGCACGAGAUCCUCGAUAUUGGUCAGUCAAUCCAGAACUCUUCUAUCCGGAGAGAUUUUUAGAUGAAGACAAAUGUCAUCAUCCAUAUGCGUUCCUUCCAUUUGGCAGCGGUCAUCGUCAAUGUGUUGGACAAGAUUUAGCUCGAUUCGAGCUGAAAGUAAUUGUAGCAAGGUUGAUGCAGUACGUUACUUUCGGUGAUGGUGGUCCUCAAGUCAAUGCGGGUGGCCAGAUGUGUGCUCUCACUAUUAUGCCUAAAUAUGUCGAUGUUACUAUUCGAUUUGAUUAA